AAACAAUAUACACGUCAGUGUAGCUUGGCACAGUAGCUCAGUGGAAGAACCUCCAUUUAAACGGCUGAAACCGUUGGUAAUAUGUUCCUGCAGUCUUAAUAAGACAAUGAGCUUUAUCAAGAAGAUUUUUAUGAAAAUGUGGAAGCAAUAUUUCUUAAACAAUACCGUUGGGAGAGACCUCAAGUGGUACAAAUAAGUGCGAUGGCUAAACCUAUGGAGUGUUAUCGAGAUCAACCAAACGAGAUCUUACUUGGCCAUACACAUAGGAAGUGUUUAAGGCACAAGUGUACUAAUGUGAUGUACAAACUGAUAAUCGUCUUCGUCAUUUUGUGUAUCCAAUAUGGGUUCUGCCAUGGUGAACUUGUCCCCCACAACACAGCCAAGGCCCCAGAAAAUGAAAAACAUAGCAAAGCUACGUCAACGCCACCUCCUUCUACGGUUGCAGAGAGAUUUAAUUUAUUGUCUCAGCACAAUGUGGAUAGGGCAAAAAGUAUGCUUGGCAUAACUGUCAAUCAAGAAAAUGAAUCCGGUUUAAAAGCUGCCUAUAAAGCGGAAGAUACCAAAAAUAUACUCAAUUCCAUAAAGAAUGAAUUUUUAACAAAGCACAUUGCUGCAGAAUCUCAUAGAAUCAAAGAAACUCCUAAGCAGUGUCAUAAAGAAUCGGCAUUAGAUACAUUGAAUAAACUUUCAACUCAAAUACAGAGGAACCUAAAUCGUAUCAACUCUUCAGGCCCAAAAGAAGUUGAGCUAUUGAAACCGAAUUUGGAAAACAAAGAAUUAAAGGUUUCCAGUAAGUUGAAUGACAUACGCCCUGUUGUAAAUGAAAAGAUGUUAAAGUGUAGGGAAAAAUUUAUAAAUGUAAUACGUAAAGGUAUUAUUGAAGAUCAAGUGUCACAAGAAGUGAAGUUUGGAGUGAAAUAUCCAUUGGUGAAGGUGACGGAUGGAGCUAGUAAGGAUUUGAUGGAAGAGAAGAAACACAAGGAAGUGAUACAUGAAACAGCUGUGGAAAACAAAAUGCCUGACUUCUUACAACGAGUGAGUAAAGGAGAAUUGGCAGGAAAGGCUGAGAACAAAGAACAGCUAAAGCCGGAAGUCUCGUAUAAAAAUGAGGUAUUCUUUAUCUCAGGAAAGUCAUCUUUGUCCAAUCAAGAUGAGAACUGUGAGAAAGACAGUAAGGUAGAUAAGAAAAGUGGUGGUGUUGAACACAAUAAGUUGAUGAAGGAUGUUCAUAAAAACACUGAGAAACUCACGCAAACAGAUAAAAAGGAAAAUAAUGACACUCAAGAUAAGCUGGUGAAGGAAACUGCUAAUGGUAUACGACCAGCCGCAACAAAACUAGAGGUGGAACAGGAAGUGCUGAAUGCCAUUGACGGUAGAAGGGAGCCUUUAAUCAACGUGACGAUCGACCCUGCCCGGGUCAUAAACGAUAAGCAACAAUUCUUCAGCAGGGAUGGAAAAUUGAGUCACUUUCUUGAUGCUAAAGAGUUCUUUACAAGUAUUCCCGUAAAGAAUUUUACUCUUAUAGAAAAGGAAAGAAAAGGUUCAUUUUCUGAUUAUGAUGAAAAGAUAGACCAAGAUCAUCAUGAUUUAGAGGAUAGGGAUCCUAAGAAUGAUAAUGCAUCGUCAUACACUGAAAAAUAUAUUGAAGUGGUGGAAGAUGCUGUAAAAGAUGAAGUCAAGGAGGAAGAUGGUGAAGGUCAAGGGGAGUGGAAAGAGGAAAAGGAAGAGGUAGUAAAAUUGGCAGUUGUAGAAGACAUUCAAGAGGAGGUAGCAAAGGUUUCUGAGGAGGGAUAUAUGAAAGAUCCUGAUAAGUUAGAUGACAUAAAGGAAGAUGAAGUCAAACCACUUCCUGAAGAUAAAGAGAAAAUAAUAAAGGCAGCAGAUAAUAUUGUUGUUGAAUCAGAAACCAAAGAGAUAGAGAUAAAAGAAUCAAGCCAAUCACCCGAAGUUAAGGAUGAAGGUGAAAAAGUGAAAGAUAUUCCCAAAUCUGACGAGGUUCAAGAAAAUAAAUCUGAAUUUAUAAAAGAAGUGGACAAGUUGCAAGACGAGAAGGUGAAUAUUACAGAAACAGUAGUGGAAGAAACAGAUAAGCAGAAGGAAGAAUUCAUAGAGACUGAGAAGGUGGAUGAUGAGCUUGAAGAAAUAACAGUGGAGCAGCCUGUAGUUGAACCUCCAGAAGAAAUAAUCGAGGUUUCUCCCGAGUCCGAAGAGACAAUCGAGGUUUCUCCCGAGUCUGAAGAGAAAAUCGAGGUUUCUCCCGAGUCUGAAGAGAAAAUCGAGGUUUCUCCCAAGUCCGAAGAGAAAAUCGAGGUUUCCCUUGAGCCUGAAGAGAAAAUUGAGGAUUCUGCCGAACCUGGAGAGACGAAAGAUGUAGACCCUUCUGACCCAGAAAAAUCAGAGGACCCAGAGAAAGUUAAGAAAAACAUAAGUGAAUCAGGCAAAGGCAAGAAAAAGAAGGAAGGUGGUGUGGAAAAGCCCCCCAAGACUACUGAAGAGAUAGCCGAGCAAAAGGAAGAUGAGAACUCUCCCGAUAUUCUGGAAACAUACAGCCAGUUUACUCAGCGAGUUAAUGCAGAGAAGAAAAAUGAUGUUAUCACAAAUGGCCAUGGUGGUAAUGGUCAUAGUAAAGGGCCAAAAGUGAAAAGUAAGAAUUAUGCCUCUCCUGACUGUGGCUCAAAAUUAAUGACAACUAAUCCUGAAGCCACACAUUCUUCUAAGGUGAUCCAGUCUAAUAAAGAUGAAUACAUGCUCAACAAAUGUCGAGAUAAGACUUGGUUCAUUAUUGAACUGUGUGAGAGUAUCCGACCACAGAAGUUUGAUAUUGCAAACUUUGAACUGUUCAGCAACUUGCCUAAAGACAUUCAAGUGCUUGGAAGUCACCGAUACCCUACAAGAGACUGGGCGAACCUAAGCCGUGUUAUGGGACAGGAAGGAAACCGUGGUGUCCAGUCCUUUCCCAUUGACACAGAUGAUUUCUUCAAGUACAUAAAGGUGGAAGUUCUAAGUCAUUAUGGAUCUGAAUUCUUCUGUCCAAUAUCUCUUUUUCGGAUAUAUGGCUUGUCUGAGUUUGAAGUGAUUGACACCAUAGAGGACUCGACAGACAACGAUGAUAAUGAUGAAACCUUUAGUGAACCGUUUGAGGAAGAAGAAGCCAGGAAAAAAUCUAAAGAUGAAGGAAAACCAAGUGUGAUUCCAGCAGUACUAAAAAACAUGUUUACUGGAGUAUUAGAUGUUAUUAAGCGAGGGUAUCGACCAAGUAGCAGUUCCAGCGAGCCCGAUGAUAACUGCUAUUCUUUGCACCCAAAAUAUGCUCUGGAUAACAUUAGAUGUUCUAUGGCCCAGUCACUCAACUACAUCCUCUCUUGCUACCGUACAGAGUAUGAAGUUCUAAUGCAGAAGCCUUUUGUGUCUUCUACUGUCAAGAAUUCAAGCUUUUGUCGUCAGUUGGCUUCUACAAUGUGCCUAGAACCAGAAAUUAAUGACAGCAUUGUGUAUGACACAGUGUGCAACAACAGUUAUGUAUGUGUUAUGUUAUCCCCAAAGCACAUAUUGGCCAUGUGCUUUAUGCAUGAUAAUCGUAUUAUGGAUACAGAAGUGGCUUGCGACUCCACUGGCUCACGUUUAUCUGAAAACUUCUCGGCUGCAUCUUCUGAUAUUAUUUCACCUGGAGAUGAAGUUCCUUCUUAUGUGAAAAAUGCAAAAAUAAAUACUUCUAGAGUAACGAGAGCAGAUGCACUUGACACCAAUAAUAGUGAGAUAUUCGAAGCUCGUGGGAUUAAACUAGGUCAAGAGACUGAAAGUGGACAAGUGCUAUUAGAAAAAGAACUUAAAAAAGCAAAUGAAUCAACAUCUACAACUGCUUCAGAAAAAUCGGCCCAUGAGACACUAAAGUCUCCCAAAAAAGCUAAGGCAAAUGGAACUAGACAUCAAGACAAAGCUGUUAAAGAGGCAGAUGAGAAGAACAAUAUAACUGAGAUGGAAGAGGAUGUGGAGGUGGAGGGUUCAGGUUUUGGAGGAAUCGAGCUAGAAGAAGAGGAAUUCUCUCACGGUGAAGAACUGACAACACCAUCUCCACCUCCUGUUGCUCACCCACAUGUUGAGCUCAAAGUUUUGUCAAAAUCUACAACUAAUAAAGAGUCAGUAGUUGUUCGUCUCUCAAAUAAGAUAAAGGCUUUAGAAUACAACAUGUCAAUAAGCAGCCAAUACUUGGAAGAGCUAAGCCGUCGGUAUAAGCAUCAGAUGGAGGAAAUGCAAAAGCAGUUUAACCUGACCAUUGCAGCCCUCAAUGCCACUUCUUGGCAGGCAUACCAGCGGGACCAGCAACACCAGACAGACAUUGAAACCCUGGAAGGGCAGCUGGCCAAAGUCAGCGAAAUUCUUCAAAAAUUGGUCGAAGAACGGGAAAACUUGGCUCAUACUGUGGUAGAACAGCAUUUAUUACUGAUGGUGGUGGAAGUGGUGGUCCUAUGCAUAGUGUUCACUCUGUGUACUCGGAGAAGUAAUCACUACUCACUGGAUAACUCUGUCAUGCAGGAGAGACGAGCACAGACACCAAGUGAGGAUCCAUCUGAUUCAAGAGCACAUUACAAUUCUGGUUGCCUCAAUGAACAAGCUGGAAGUCGUGUGCGAAGACGUUCGGUGGACAGCAUCACUCGCGAAAGAGCAUCACGUCAACGGCAGCGAAGACCUAGUGAAGAAGCUCUUAAUAUAUCAGGUACCUAUCAAGAUUUACUGAUUAUUGAACCUGCUAUUCCUAUCUUGAUGGAUUCUGUUGGUGAUCGGAAACGGAAGAAAAAGUCCAGUAAUGGAACACUAAAAAGAUCCAAGUCUAAUGCCAGUAUUGUUGAGAAAUCCUCUACCUCUAGAAGAUCACUUCGUUUAGAGAAGCUAAACUUAUCAAGUGCUGGAGUUCUAUUUUGUGGUGAUGACACUGUGACUAAAGGUACUACCCCUCCUGCUAGUAGUCCUGUUUCCUCUCCUGACUCUCCAGAUUUGUCUGGGAUCCCAUAUGAACCUUUUGUAAAUGAACAGGAUCAUAGAUAUUUUGAUUCUGGUGGUGAUUAUAGCAGCUGUGUCACAAGUUCUUUUGUAACAGAAAUGAGCCUAGACAGACAUUUAGUAAAAAAUGUAGACAAUGUUCCUUCAAAGAGGCACUCCAUUGCUUCUUGUCAAAACUGUGAUAACGUACACAAGAAAGGGAUUAAACUCACAAAGUCAUCUUCGGUGUGUGGUGCCCCAGAAAAACUGAAGAGCAAUGGAGAAAAGGUAAAGAAACCCAAAAAAGUGAAGAAAGUCAAGAAUAGUGUGAUUGAAAAUUUGCAUAAUGGAGUGCCUCAAAGUCAUAUUCCAGUAGCAUUGUAUGAUCAUGAUUAUUAUUAUCCAGAGACUAAUGGGACAUCUUACAAUUGUCAAGAUGAACAAUCUGGAAAAUAUUAUUAUGGUGGUCAUACUAGUGUUCACUUUAGUGAUGAUACUAAUAGUCAUAGUAAUCAUGAAUUUAGUUAUACUGGUGAUACCCCCUGCAUUAAUGGUGAUAGUUCUCAUAUCACAGGAGAUUAUGUAGGGAAUGAUUUUAUGCAUACUAAUCAUGAUAAAAACUUGAUUGAGAAAAGAAAAGUAUCACCUAAGACUAAGACUAAAGUGCGACUCCGUUCCGAUAACUGGGAAUGGUACUCGGCUCAACAUUUUGGGAGCAGUAGUAGUGAAACUAUUAGCACAUGUAGUGAUUCCAGUGGGAAGAACCGAAAAACAAAGACAGAAGAAGAGUUGGGCAUUGUAGAAAAGACAGACGAGAAAAAACUAAAGAAAAGGAAAAAAUCUAAAUCAAAGUCACCCAGUGUACUGGAAGAAGAACCUAUCCCUGAGGUUGAUGCAGGAACCUGACCAUCUCACUGUUGUCCAAGGUGUCACUGUAUUGUGUUACUAGGAAAGGGGUUAACCUGGUAAUGAUAUAAGAAGGUAAAGUGUUUUAAAUAUUUCAAGAAAAUUUUUAAGGAUAUAUGUAUUUGUAGAUGCCAAGGCUUACCUAUUAUUUAUUAACUUUAUUUCACUGAGGUGAAUAUCCUUUUUUCAUCUUUGUGAGGAGAAAUACCGCAGUGUUCUGAUUAUAAUGAAUUGUCAGACUGACUGAAACUUCAGUUGACUGGUUCCAAAAAGUGCAUCCAAAUAGAAUGUAAAGAAUGAAAGUGAAUGUGCAGAUUGAUAUGUUGGAGUUGCUGAAGAAUGAGUAUACACUUGCAAGAAAUUACCUGAACUUUUCUGUUACUUAUGGAUAAUGCAUUGAAACUAUCAGUACUAUGUUGUGAUUUUUAUUUUGUAGGAUAUUGUAAUUGUUAAUUCUGAAGAUCAAGAUAUACAGAUAAUGUUAUAUGUCACAAGUUCUUGUCUCAAUGUUAUGCAGAUGUAAUGAGUGUUCAUAGUGGUACUGGUUAUUGGGUGUUAAAAGAAGGGGCAACUUGAAAUCUGUAUUAAACAGGAAUAUAUGGAUCAAUAUCGGAUAGGAAUUUUGAAAACAAAUUAUGUGGAGACCUCGUAGUAAGAAUCCCCCACCUCAUGUUAAAUUCUUAUGUCAGUGUCCUAGUGUUUUAAUUUGAUGGCAUUGGAGGUGGCUAUACUGCAGCUUAGGGAUGUAUUAUGUAGAUAGCUUUAUAUAAACGAUUACAUGUGUGUACUUUGAAUACAAUCCAUGCCAUACUUAGUUUCAAAAGAGGCAUCAGAAUGUAGAUACAGUAUAUUAUCAUUCUUUUGCUAGUCCUAUCUUAUGAUGUUACACAUUAUUCUACUAUUAUCUUCACCUUGAAAUAUCCUGCAUUCAUUUUAAAGAAUGUUCUUAGCACCAGAUAGUCAUAGUGAGAUAUUUCCAGAAUAUCUAUUGUCUCCAGAAUAUUUACAUAUAUAUUAAGUUUAUACUGUGCUUCGUGAGAUACAUCGAGCUAGUAGUUUUGGUCUGUUAAUUUAUUUAUGCAGUAUGUAUGGUACACAAUGGCUUAGGGGUAAAUGCUCAGCAGAUAAAGCCCAGAUAUCAGUCUUAGAUCCUUGCAAAGCUAGUAGGGUAUUUAUACUGUAUUACUUUUCAUAUGCCUAAAAGUUUGUCCUUAACAUCCUGAAACCCAAGUAUCGAAAAUGGCCACAAAACACUGGUGGUGAUGGUGAAGACGACGAUGAAGAUGGAACUAAGGAAUAACCUAUUUUGAUCACGGAUCUACCCUAUGUUCGAGAAUAGUUGGUGUAAAAGAUUGAAUGUUGAUAUUGAACUUGUUAAUGAUUGCUUUGACAUUCCUGAUGGUGUCUAGUUUGUUAAUCUUUCAAUGAUAUGAUUUAUCUUGAGGAAAUACUUUAUUCAGAAUCUUAGCUGGUGCAGGUACUCUAGAGAUGUAAAUUAAUGCUAGUGAAGAGAAUGUAAGUGCAAGUAAUGGUUGAUAUAUUGUACUGUAUAUUAAGUGUGAACUGUGGGAGGCAAUUUGUUGCUAACAUUAGAAAAGCCGAGUGGUAUAAGAGUUUGUUUACAGUAAUUAUUAUUAUUUUUUUAUUAAGUUUGUUUCUGUGAUCAUUGAUGUGAAUCUUAUGAAGAAAAAUGGACAAAGGAUGUAUGAACAUUAAAAUUUAGUGUACUAGCAUCAGAAUUGUGCCAAUAACAAUGAUAUAUGAAAGAGUUUUGUUGUUUGUAGUGAAACCACAUUGGUACAUUUUUGUAAUUCGUGCCCACUUUGUGUUGUUAAAAUUUAAGUUUCCAUCAUUGAAUGUGGAGUCUACCUGUUAACUUAAUAUUAUCACUACUGUAAUUUCUUUUUAGUACAGUACUGUGCAUUGUUACAUUGUUCUGACAUUGAUAGAUUACUUUUUAAUAAUUCUAAAAUGUAUGUCUUUAGUUCUUGAGAUAUAAUUUUGGAACUUUGUAAUGCAGGAAUGAAAUGAAGAUCAGUCCAUUUGCUUCUCAAGUUCCACCAAUCCAUUCUACAAAUAUGACAUUAUUAGCCUCAUUAAUGUGAUGGCAGAUAUAAGUAUUCGGUCAGAAUGAGAAGUUAAUAAUUAUUGGUUAUGUAUUUCACUUCUACAACAUUGCAUAUACUGUACAGUGGAAAAUUACAUUUAUGAAUAUGCUGGUUUCAACAAUACCUGUGCGUCAUAGAUUUAGGAAUAUUUGUCUAGUUUUGAGAAAAAAAUAUUUACAUUAUUUCAUGUAGUACUAUUUGCAUAAUGUCCAUACCAUUGUAAGUGAAGAGUGUAAAAACUUGAAACAUUAUAGAAAAAAUUAUAUAUUGUACGAGGUGUGAUCCAGAAGUUCCAGGACUGGCUUCAUAAAAUCUUUAUUUUUUAAGAUAUUACAGUGAAACUAUAGUCACCCUCAAAAUAUUCUUCAGAGGCCUCAAUGCAGUGCUGAAUCCCCUCCCACUUCUGGAAGCAGAUCUGGAAGUCCUUGUUGGUGAGGCUGGAGAACACCUGAGAUGUGUCCUGGAUCUGCAUUCUGUCCAAGAUCUUCUUCCUCUUGAGGUUCAACUUGAACUUGGGAAACAGCCAGAAGUCACAGGGGGCCCGAUCUGGAAAGCAUGGAGGGUGGGGGACCACUGGGAUGCUGUGCUUUGCCAGAAAAUCAUUCACAGUGAGGGCAGUGUGUGUAGGUGCAUUGUCCUGGUGAAGGAACCAAUUGCCAGUCAUCAGUCAGAAUCUGUUUAAUAUGCCAUAUGAAAGGUUCAACCGCUCGACAUUCUCAUGGACACGUUGGUAAUUUUUCUGGACAUUUUCAUCACUUCUUUCAGCGGAAGGCUGCCCAAAGCAAAGCUCAUUUUCAAAGGAGGUGCACCCUUCUUUGAAGUGCUUGUGCCCCCUGAAAACUUAGCCCUGGACAUUGCUUCAUCUUUGUAGGCUUCCUUGAUCAUUUCAUGGGUUUCUGCACCAAUUUUUCCUAGUCUGAAGCAAAAUCUGAUGGCACAGCAUUGCUCGAUACUUCCCUCCAUGUUGAGGAUUGAGUGGCGACUGACUCGAAUUAACAAAUGGGCUGGUAAACACACUAGCACAAAGCUGCACUAUGGCCGGUUGGUGACAGAUUCCCACCAAAUCGAUGCAGUAACCAACUUCUACCCAAGGCGUGUAACUGCUGAUGAUUUGAAUUCAAUAUCUGCUAAGAGAAAUGUUUUAUGAAGCCAGUCUGGGAACUUUUGGAUCACACCUCAUAUGUGAUGGUAGCAGUUACAUAACACUAUUUUGUUGUGCGUAUGUAAAGUUUGUCAUUGCAGUAUAUUGAAUUAAUAUUCUUUAGGUGACUACAACACCCUGUCUUCUAGUUGGGUUUUUCUGUAUAACACAUGAUUUAUAUGUCUCAUAGCAUGGAGUGUUAAGAUUGUUUCAUCACUUGGACUUCUUUUCAUAUUUAAUGGAACUGAUGUUUUAUUGUUUGUCUCACUUAGUGUAAACGAAAUGUUAAAUGGUAGUGUUACUGUCAGUUUGGAGUUAUAUACAUUCCAAUAGGUGUCUUUUGUGACCCAUUCAUAAUGCAGAUUUUCAAACUGGCCAGCAUAAAGAAAAGCAGAUUUAUAUUUUUUUAUGAGGUGGCAUUGAAAUUGGACAUACAGUACAUAAUUUGCUGCAUGGAAUUUUAGUUUUCAUUAUUUACAUAGUUUUCAGAUAUAUGUUUGUGUGUGUUUCUAUUUUCAUAUAUAUGUUUGUGUGUGUUUCUAUUUUCAGAUACAUGUACAUGCUUAUGUGUGUUUCGAUUAUGAUCUGUUUUUUUCAGCUUUGUACAUGAGGUGGUAUCCUUCUGGUUGAAGAGAUCGUUCAUUCGGGACAAUAAAUAUACAUUCAUCAUGCGCUGUAAUACCAGUAUGGUGCUAUUACCCCUUACUUGGGAAUCCAGCACUUGGUUUGGGGUUUGAGACAUGUUAUUGAUUUGGGCACAGUAAAUACCAACUCAAAGCUGGUUAUUAUAUUCAUAAUAAAAUGAAAUCGUGUUGAAGAUUAAGUCAAGGGUUCGUGUUAUGUAAAUUAUUUUGUGGAAAGAGCAUCAAGAAGAAUUUGUGGUUCUCUUAUUUGGUUCAUGCCUGAACCAUAAUUUUUAGCUAGCCUGCAUAAAAUGAAAACGAGUUUAUACCUUGCCUCUUAUAUCAUCAUCAUCAUUGUUGGUAUUGAGAAAUGUUAACCUUUUCAGAUUAAAUAGGUUUUAUUUCACAUUUGUGUAACCACAUAACAAUUUAUUUUAAAUGUAGAAUUUUAUUUUAUUUACUUUUUUUUUUUAUAAAAUUUUUGAAUAAUUCCCAAUUUCAUUAUGCCAUCACUGCAUAAGUGUACAUUGCUUCUGCUCCUGUCCAUAAUUAUUUUUCCCAAAUUUGUUAGUUGGAAUAAACCACAAGUGUCCAACAUGGAGUAGAUGCAAGAAAAUCAUGUAUAUGUAUUUGAAAUAUCACGAUAAGUUGGUUAUAGUUUCCAAUUGAAUGUCUUUGGUAAGAUAUCUUCAACAUUUCUCCUCAAGUAUUUUGAUUCUUGUUUCUAUGUACAGUAUAUUUGAUUACUGGUAUAACUUAGAACAGCUGCUCAUGUUAAAGCAUUGUUCUGCUUACCACCGACUGGGAGGUGCUUUUGACAGUCUAGUCGUAAGGUCGGUAGGAGCAUAGCACAUGCACCUCUUGAGGGAUGUCUUUAAAACUCAGUGUACUGAGUAUGUUGUGCAGUCAAAAACAAUAUCUAGAGGAAAACUACUUGACACCUCCAAUUCUACAUAGUUAUAUAUACUGUACAGUGUUUUAAAAUAGUUUAGUUUUGGAUACCUUUAGCAGCUCUUUCUUCAAAGCCCCUGUAAGGUAGAGUUUUUAUUCUGUUAAAUUACACUUGGAUGAUAAAACAUUUCUGGAGGUUCUAAAUAUUAAAAAUUACUGUUGAACCAUGGUUUUUUGAGUUCAAAUUCUGGUUACUAGUUAACAUAUUUAGUUUAUUUGUAAUCAGUCAUUAUUCCACAAACCAUUAAUAUUUGCAGUUUGGUAGGGAGGUGUCCUGUAGAGAAAGUAAUACAGUACUGUACUUGUAUAUGAAAUUUUACAAAUGCAAAAUUUCUUUUCAGUGUAAGAGUUGAGAUGUAAUAUUGUAUGGAAUCAAAAUCAUUCACUUUAGCCGGCAUUUUAUGAAGACGUAAAUUGGUAAUUUUUCAAACCAGCAAGCAAAUCAUGAGGCAUGUCAAAUUCCAGCAUCACACAAACAUAAAUAUUUAAGAUAGAUCUUGUUCACCGUAUUGCUGUUAUGUGGUAACUAUACAGUAGUUGUUAUUUUGGGCUGUAUCAAAAGUAGGCUAGAAAGAAAAUGUUUGUGGACUCGUCCAUGCCUUAAUAGGAGGAAUAGAAGCGUGUCCUAGCAUGAUGUACAUAUUGCUUUCAAAUCAAUACAGUAAUAUCUCCGUUAGCCAGAAUCUCUCAAACCCGGAACUCUCCGAUUUCAGGCAAGUGAAGACCGACAUGUCGGAGUUGAAAGAAACCAGAAACACUAGCUGGAUCUCCUAAUCUAUAACCGGAUUUGCUCUUUGGUUUGAAAAAUUGCCAGUUUAGGUGCCCGUGUAACUCCGCCUUUAUACUUUGAUGCAUCAUACAUACCUGUAUGUCAAAGAUAUUUAUGUAGAUCUUAUUGAGGUAAGUAUCACAGCUUUGAAAUUACUGUACUGUACUGGUAAUUGUUUCCCUUCCUACAAAAAUUGUAAACUUGAAGAAUUCCCAGGUAUUGGUGCAAAUUUUUUUCUCAAGUAUUGUCCAAGAAAAUUUGUGCCCUUUAAUCUGCUUGUUUAGUUUAUUUUUUUACAUGCAUAGUUAAAUUAAGUCGGCUCCCAGCCAGUCAUUCAAGUCUUUAGAUUUGUCUUAUGAAUAUGAAUUGUAUUUUUGCUAUUUUCUUCCAUAUAAUGAACAGUAUAAUGUUUUAAGUGUCAAGAAUGUAAAGUGGAUAUGAAAGAUGAGUUGUAACUAUAAAAUUGAAUAUGGAUAAACAUUUACCAAUUAGGUCAUUUGGGUGUACAGUCAUCUCCCUUUUGACUAUAUCAAAUAUUUGUUCCUGUUCCUUCCAGAAUGGAAGGCUUGCAUAGUACAGAAGCUCAGAUGAUGGUAUUACUGGACAUAGAUGCAUUAGGGUGCUUCAUCAUACCAUAGAUUACUAAAUCUCCUCUAUAGGUUAAGUGAUUAUGUACUAAAAAUCAGAAUUUUCAUGUUUUGUACAGAUCUCUACUGUUCAAAGUUCUCCUGUACUGUAUGCCAAGAACAUUCAUGUCAUACAUGACGAUGUAUAAUGUUUCUCCAUCUUUGUGAAUAAGCCUGCUACAAAUUUGUCCUUAGAAAACUGUAACAGUACAUGAAAAAUAUCUUUUACUGCUCCAAGUGAGGCCCCCCCCAUUUUAUUUUGUCAUUUCAUUUUAUUAUCUGUCAUUUUAGUUGACCAUCCCAUUUACAAAUCUUAAACUUCAACAACACAGCAAGGCAAGUCGUCAUUUUUCUCGUCUUUCAGUUAGAAAGAUAUUAACUUGACUAUAAUUAUUUAUUCUUUUUUCAUAAAAUAGACAUUAUUAUUUGUAUGAUAGAUUUAGGUGGGUAAAUGUGAUAUUCAAAUAUCAUAGCAAGUUAUGAAUCGCACUCUUGAGUCAUUGUUUACUCUACACAUUGUAUUAGUAUAUUAUGAUACUUGAACAGAUUUUUUUCUUCAAAAAAUUCAGUACAGUAUAUCACAAAUUGUAACUCCACCAUGGGAUUGUGGGACUGGACUGACGAAAGUCCAUGAGUCAGUCACAUGACAUACAGAUGUCUCAUGAGUCAUAGCUUAAACCACUCUUGGCAGUUGACUCUUCGGGCAAAUGGGUUGCACAUUGCUCCCAGCACUUCACAACUUUUAUGCUGCUUUAUCACACUCCGCAUUCCAAAAGAAUUCACAGCACACUCUCAGACAUGAAUAAUGCAUUCACCAACAUUUGUGACGACAUUACUUUUUAUUACAUCAUUAGUGACUACCAUUUUUGCUCACUGGUGCAAUGCCACAUCUACUCCUAUUGUUACAUAGAAGUACGUAGUUUCAUACUUUUCACUAUAACUUUCUGACCCCAAUCAGCUAUAUUCUAAUAUGUGCAUAUGUACACAAGUACUAUACUCAAUAUAUACCGUACACAGUACCUGUACAGGGGAAGCAUUGGCACUUGUAGAUCAUAACAAAGCAGGAAACAUAUUUUGGUACAGUAUAUUGUAUAUGAACUUAAGUAAAUGGUAUGAUGAAGCACAUUGCUGUUUGGCUCUGACAUAAAAGUUUUGUUUUCAUCAUCACCUGAGCUUCACCGUGUCUGUUAAACAGAUAAAAGGUUAAUAAAUAUUAUGAAUUAGUU